AUGGAAUACGCUUAUUCAGCUUCAAAGAUCAUCUUACCUGUAUUAGUUACUGGGAUCUAUUAUACUCAUUGGCGUGCCUCUAAAGAAGCAGAGAACGACAAGCAAAUAAAAAAGCACUGUCAGAAACAAGAUGCUGAUUUAUAUAUGUGCAUGAUCUCUAAUGGAAACAAGAAAUUAUGCAAAGAUGCCCAAUCUGAAUUGGAUUAUUGCGUAUAUCAGCACAGAGGAUAUUAG